CUACUUUACUGCCUGUGCUGACUUCUCUCCUCUCACCGGCCUCAUCCCCAUCUGUCUCUGCACGCUCUCUCGCUUUCUUUGUUUGAGCAGGUUGGCUACCGACAUCUUCUCUUCCAACCACCUUCCCUUGCCUCACUGCACCACUGCAUGAGCGUCCCUUAAGCAGCUUGGCCUCCUAUUUAUUGUCUCUCUGCCGCUUUCUGCGACACUGGUCCGGCAUCCUUUCAUUUCAGCCUCCCGCCGCUCAGUUUCACCUCCGAUCCGCUGACGUUGCCUUCCCUACAAUUGAUUGUGCCAUUGUACACGAUCGAACUUGAUCUCCUCACUUUCACCUCAUGUGGCACAAACAAUGUCGACCACCACCACUACCACCGCUCUAACGUCCACCACUCUCAUCGGCACGCUGCCCUCUAUGGCGGGCGCUGCCGCUCUCGUCUCCGGAAAGGCCUGUCCAACUUGCGGCCAGGACGGAUUCCUCGCGGCUGGACAGUCCACAAAUGAUACCCGACGUCGAGCGAAGGACCUGGAAGGCCAAGUCAACGCUCUGAACCUCCAAGCAAUGCAAAUGGCCGAGAAACUGGCCGCAUACGAAGAAGAGAUCCGACGACUGCGUGCGCAACCGUCCUCCCGAAACAACACAUCCGUGUCAUCCACCGCAUCAACGCAAAUCGACCGGUCCCAAUCACCUACUCACCUACAAACAUCUCCGAAAUCGCAACCGGGCCGACUCUCUACUCUUGCCUCUUUCCUCCCCUCCCGUCGACCGAGCGCUACCAGUACCACCCAGGCUCAGCCUGUUGCUUCGCCUCCACCACCACCAGAGCCUGUACAGCCGACAACCACCCAGGAGGAGACAGUGGAGUUACAGAAUGCGUUGACCCGGGAGCAGAGUCUACGUAAAGCCGCAGAAAGCCAGCUAUCGCAGGCGAGCACGGAGCUGGAGGAGUUGACAGCGCAGCUGUUCAGCCAGGCAAACGAGAUGGUCGCGCAGGAACGCAAGGCACGAGCUCGGCUCGAAGAGCGUGUCGCGGUACUGGAACGUCGAGAUGUCGAGAAGCGCGCUCGACUGGAGCGCUUAGAGAAGGCGAUGGCACGUGUGGAGCGGAUUCGAGCGAUGGUCGGAUAGAUAGGGGGGUUAUCAGUUUCGGUUGCUUUUCCUCGCUCUUCAUUAUCGCUUGCUUUUUAUCAUAUACCCCGGUGUUUUGGUUUGGCGAAAGCCAUGUUAUGGUUGGCAUGAGAUGCAUGACCUGACGGGAUAAGGCGUACUUAUGAGAGUGACGAUAGCAUUUACGGCGCAGCGUUUGAAUUAUUGCAUUGAUUGAGGAUAUUAAU